AUGGUGAUUGGCCCGCCCCUCUUCACUUUUAAUUCAGAGAAGAGAAUUCCCCACAAGACGUUAAAUGCCGACGAUGAUGUUGACGAUUGGAGUCCACAAUUACCAACAGUACUGAUUGAUACAAAUGAUACGGAGGAAACACCCAAUCUGGAUUUGUCCAGCAAUUGUCUUUGUGACCACACUGAUCAGUUGAGGGAGGUGAAUCAAAAUUCUGGCAAAGGAGACUACUACGACACUGAGAGUCUGAGACAGGCAUAUACAAAGGUUGCCAAUCCCAUAAACAAUACGAAUAGUGGAACAAAUACUAUGAAAAUUACCACAAAAAAACCAAUCCUCAUCGUCUUCUUCAUCCUCUCUUCGGCCACAUUACUCAGGCUCCUCAAAAUCACAGCCAAUACUUCUUCAUCUUCUCACUCAACCCCAGCUCUACCUCAAAUUCUUAGUGAUGAUGGAUGCUCCUUUUCAUCCCCAAAAUGCGCGCAGUUCUCCUCACUUGUACCUCGCGCAGUUACAUGCCACGCUAACUCCUCUAUUGCAGCCACCCUCUCAGAGAAGGAAUUCCAGCUCAUGUCAAAUGUUAUCUCUCUUAGAUCCCCCUGCAACCUCCUAGUGUUUGGUUUAGGACCCCAGCUCCUUCACCUAUCUAAUCUCAAUGCCGGUGGCACUACCAUGUUUCUUGAAGACGACCCAGAAAAGCUCAACGCAUUCACAACGAACUCCAAAGCCGGCGGCACUCGCAUCUGCAAGGUGGAGCACCAGAGAGUUUCAGGAGAAGCAUACAAACUCCUUAAAGAAGCAAGGGCAGACCCAGCUUGCAGUCCUGGAGCGGGAUCUCUGAAAAUCUCAAAUUGCCAAUUGGCAUUGACAAAGCUACCGAGGGAGGUAUACCGGUUGAAGUGGGACGUGGUGGUGGUGGAUGGACCGAGUGGAGACAGUUUAGAGGCACCAGGCAGGAUGACCACAAUCUACACGGCUAGUAUGAUAGCAAGGGCAAGGGCAGGGAAUAUCACAGAUGUAAUUGUUCAUGACGUAGACCGGACAAUUGAGAAGUGGUUUUCUUGGGAAUUUCUUUGCGAUGAGAAUUUGGUUUCUUCUAAAGGGAAACUUUGGCAUUUUAGGAUCAAAGGUAACCCGAGCUCUGCAAAUUUUUGUUCUAGUACUGCGAGUGCAAGGAACGGUUGA